AUGUGAUAUUGACAGACAAGAAAGGCUACUUAACAGAAAUUAUAAAGGCUUAUUCAGCAAUCCAACGGAACAUAAGAUGGACUGCGAAAAAUCUAAUGAUCAAAUCACUGAUACGACUGGAUUCGAUGAGUUAGGAGCAGGCUCGAAUGAAUCAUCUAAAGGUCGACCUAAUAUUCGUUGUUGUGAAACAAAUAUAAAAAUCGUUGCUGAUAACGAACCUUUCACACAUAAUGGGGUAACAAGAACCCCUGUGAUAAGUUCAAUGUUUGGUGGAGGUUUGAUAACAAAUGAACAGUUUCGGGUUGAAGGUGAAUGUAUGAAUUUAUCACCAUGUGGUAAAUACAAUCGUGGUAAAUGUACGCAGGAGUUUGGGUUUACAGAGGUUUUGGUGAACAGUUUACAGAACCCGCGAGAGUACGAAUUUGUAUCUGUACGAUAUAAAUCAUUCUGUAGGUGUUCAUAUUUCGGAGUCGGAUAAAGUUUAAUUAUACAUGUACAAAGUCCAAAGUGAAAAUACUAUUUUUGAACUACGCUUUAAUUUUGUAAAGUAAUAAAAGUCAUGUGAAGAACAAUUCUGUAUAUGUUUCUGCAAUCAAUCAUAUUGUAUUAAUUCAUUUAGUUGCAUGUUUAUACAUUCAUUGAUAUUCCAAUUGUUUUUAUUCAUCUAAUGUUAUGAUGAUCUCAGGUUUUGUAAAUGAAACAGUCCUGAUCAUUUAAGAAAACAAAAAUAUAAUGUUCAUCAAAACAAGGAUUGGUUGAUCGCAUUGUACAAUUCUAAGACACUAAUUGCCUAAU